AUGGACCCACUUUUCCCUCAUCUUAUAUCUCAGAUCAGAGCCUUUAUUUCGUCAUGUGAAAUCAAGAAAAUUAUGAUAACAGAAGAAGAGCAUUGUGCCCUGGCCCUCUUCAAGGAAGAAUUGAACACAACAACCGGAAAUGAAUUGCUCGGGAGUUCAGGCAGAUGCCUUGGAAUGUGGGAUAAUAUUACCUGCUGGCCAUCUUCGUCUGUGGGGGAAACAGUUAGCGUUCCUUGCCCCAAAGCCUUCCAAACGGUAACUGGGAAAACAGGGUUUAUCUACCGCAACUGCACCAGGGAAGGCUGGUCGGAAAAAUAUCCAAGACCAUAUAUUGCUUGUGGCUUAAAUGCAGAAGAAAUCAAUGCCCCUAUAAUUGCUUGGAAACAAAGGGUGUCUUAUCUGAUGAAGUUGGAGAUUGUCUACACCAUUGGAACCAGCACUUCUCUGGUGGCACUGACAAUUGCCUUAGGCAUUCUGGCUUCUUUCAGAAGACUUCGCUGUACAAGAAAUUACAUCCACAUGCAGCUCUUUACAUCGUUCAUUUUGCGAGCCAUGGCAAACUUCAUUAAAGAUCCUGUACUGUCUGAGGACACUGAGGAUGCUGUCUACUGUGAAUUACACAUGGGCAGGUGUAAGAUGAUCAUGGUCUUCACUAACUUCUGCAUAAUGGCUAACUACAGUUGGCUUCUUGUGGAAGGCCUUUAUCUUCAUACCCUACUGGUUAUUUCUUUCUUCUCCGAAAGAAAGUUCUUCUGGUGGUUUGUGGUUCUGGGAUGGGGCACUCCCACCUUAUUUGUAAUUGCAUGGGUCAUAGCCAGACUAUUACAUGAGAAUGUUGGAUGCUGGGAUACUCACCUGACAUAUGCCCUGUGGCUCAUUCAAGGCCCUGUGGUGGUCUCUAUUGUUAUCAAUUUCAUUCUGUUUCUUAAUAUUGUAAGAAUUCUAAUGAGCAAGCUUAGAUGGCCAGGUGGAAGGAACAAGGAUUCCAGUCAAUAUAAGAGACUCGCUAAAUCCACACUUGUACUCAUCCCUCUCUUCGGAGUCCAUUACAUCAUCUUUGCCUUUUUCCCUUUUGAUACCACGAAUGGCACCAUGGAGAUUCAGGCUUUGUUUGAAAAAGCCAUAGGAUCUUUUCAGGGCUUUGCUGUGGCUGUCCUUUACUGUUUUCUUAAUGGGGAGGUCCAACAGGAGAUUAACAGAAAAUGGCGGCAGUGGCACUUAAGAAAACAUCUUCAGUCACAGAAGCAUCACAGCUGCUCAUUUCCUAAUGAUGUCAGUGGAUUCACUCAAGUGCUGCAGCUGAUGAAGCCCAGCCCUCAGGCGGACAGGAGACCUUCCGCCCCAAAUCUGAGUAAAAUGUGAUGGAUCUUAUGUAGGAAAGAGCUAAUUGCUCACUUGGAGGUAACUGGAAAGCUAACGCUUACCUCAUCAGGAAUUGAGAUUAUGG